GAGUCUAGUUGUGUUGCAAAUGUUCAUUGUGAAAAUGGAUCACAAUGUUUAAGUAGGGAUUCAAUACGAAUUUGAUCACUCGAAUAAGUGGGAGAAUUUGCUGCUUCGAAGGUAGGCAACUGUGUAUAAAAUCAAGGGAAGGUAUCGAAAAUGUGACAUACGACUUGUCACUCUCUAUGUGUUUAAGAUUAUUCCUAGAUCUUUGAUACGAAACACGAUGCAAUUAAUUACUAUUACAAUUUUUGUUGUUUUUUGUUGUUACGUUAUGCCAUGUACAGUGGCAAAAGAAGAUAUUUUAUCAUCGGAAGAGAAUAAUUUUUCGAAUUUUGAUCAAUCUGUUAUUCAACCAGAAAAUGAACAAUAUUCAGGUGCUGUAUUAAAUAGGCAAAAGAGAACACUUUUGCUAAAGAAAAAGCUUAUCGGUGCGGGACUUUUGGGUUUUGGAUUAGGUGUUGCAAAAGGAUACAAGAUUGGUUAUAAGACUCCAGAAGUUCAUCAUGUAUAUUUGUCUCCUCCUCCAGCAUCCGUGAAAUAUGUAGAAUACGUUGAUAAACCUAUUUUUAUUGAAAGAAUAAUUGAAAGGCCUGCUUCGGUUUUUAAACCGGUACAUGUUGAAUAUAAGGAUGCUUCUUCUUAUGGGUAAAUUAUUAUUUAUUGCUAUUUCUUUGUUAUUUAGUAUGCAUCAUAUAAUUUAGUAUGCAUAAAAUUCUUU